ACUAGGAUGAAGAGGAAGUGAAAACGUGAUGGGCACUCAUGCUCCGCUAUGCACUCUUCUAAAUUGAGCGAAGGCCGACGCGCAAAUAAAAUACAUAGUUCGUUAGGUGAAGAUGAUCCAGGCGUUCUACUACGUCGCUGCUUCUUCGUGGUUGGCAUCUAUGGCUAUGGGCACUGUUCUGGGCUACUCCGCGCCGGCCUUAGCUAGUAUGGCCUCCAACGACAGCUCUAUACACCUCACACCGACACAGGAGACAUGGUUUGGCUCCGUGCUCGCCGUGGGCGCCCUGGGAGGAAGCCUCGUUACUGGCUUCCUCAUCGAGUUCCUGGGCCGCGUCCGCACCAUUCAAUUUUCCUCGAUGGGCUUCAUCGCGGGCUCUUUGUGUAUUGCGAUGUGCAACACGAGCCUCAUCUCCCUCUUCUUUGGCCGAGUCCUGGCGGGCUUCUGCUGUGGCGUCGUGUCUCUCGCGGUGCCCGUCUUCGUCUCUGAGAUCAGCCCACCCGACGUCCGAGGCCUCCUAGGUUCCUGCAUACAACUGUCCAUCACGUUAGGCAUACUGCUGGUCUUCGUGAGUGGCAAAUGGAUGGACUGGCUCACGCUGUCCCUCUUGUGCGCCGUACUGCCUACCCUGAUGGCCAUUGCUAUGGCGUUCGCGGUGGAGUCGCCCCGCUGGCUUCUUGCAAAUGGACAGAGAGCGAAAGCGAUAGACGCGCUGAGAAUAUUGUACGGUGGGUCCGAGAGCGAAGUACAAGCGCAAUGCAUUUCCAUCGAGGCAAGCCUCCAGACAGCAGCGGGUGGGAAUGGAGAGUCGGUGAUCCGGGACCUCUUUCGACGGAGCUUCUCUGUGCCGCUGGUGUACACGUUGCUUCUCAUGUUUUUCCAGCAAUUCUGCGGGAUCAAUGUGGUGACGUUUUACUCCGUUGCCAUUUUUGAAUCCUCAGGAGCUGGCAUUCCUGCUGCCGACUGUACAAUACUCUUAGGCGUGGUCCAAGUGGCGUCAUCGUUCGCCGCCAGUCUGCUGAUCGACCGUGCAGGCAGACGCCUGCUCUUGUUUCUGUCAUCAACCGUCAUCACGCUUAGCCUCGUAGUGUUGGGCGUCUUCUACUACUACAAGGAUGGGGACGAUGCUUUUCGCCAGAGAUACCGCUACAUCCCUCUCGCGUCUCUCACGUCGUACAUGGCUGCCUUCUGUCUAGGGGUGGGUCCUGUACCAUGGGUGGUUAUGGGAGAGAUAUUAUCGCCUCGCGCACGUGGCCUUUCUACAGGACUUAGCACGGCUUUCAGCUUCCUCUGCGAGUUUCUCAUCACCAAAGAGUUCCAGGAUCUUGUGAGCUUGUUCAACUUCUCUGGCAUGUUCUGGCUUUUUGCGGCCAUGACAGUAGUGCACAUCCUCUUCGUCUAUGCCUGCAUCCCUGAAACGAAGGGAAAAUCUCUCGAGGAUAUUAGCCACAUCUUUGAGAGUUUGCCAGUGUUCAGUACAAGCACCGCAACCUUCGACCGAUCUGAAACGGAGCUCUUUUCAAGAAAACGACGUCCGUCGGGAAUCCCGCAGCCCCUGGAGGGUGACCAAUAGUUCAAUAUCAUACCUCAAAUGCAUGCCUAUUGCAUGCGUGAGCCCACAGUAUGACGUGCACCAUGUUGGCGCAAUGCAACCCUUCCGUUUUGCAAAACUUCGCUUACCUUACUACGUGCAGAAAAUAAAUCAAAUUGAAAUACGGAAAAUGACUGUCUUUAUGUGCGAUUGUAUGCACGGAACUCGUUGCUUACAAUGACUUCUCGUUAAAGCGGUUGCAAA